AUGACCGCGGGAAACCGCCCUCGUCUGUGCCUGUCCGUAGCGCUCUCGCAACCAUCCGCGCCAUCCGUCAGUCGUCUCCACUUCCCCCACACCGGCUCUGCUUCCCUCGCGGGCCCGCCUUCCGAUGGCCGCCGCGCCGUCCCCGUCCGACCCGCCUACUAUGUCCUCGUCGCCCAGACCAAUGCCCUCAACCCCGUAACAGCGGCGUCCACCACCCUCGGCCACCCCGCCAUAGAGUACCACUACGCCGACGAUUCUCCCGCCGCCCUCUUGCCCCAGUUUCCCGGCGAGCAUGUGCUCGUCCUAGACUAUGAUUCCGCUCGUCCCGGUCCCCCCGCCGUCAAGAGUCUUUCUCAGGAUCUCAUCGUUUCCUCCCUCAAGGUGUCUGACGCCCCAGGCGCUGCCGUCGCAGGCGAGCCCGCCCUGCGGAACAACAAUAUCUAUGUUGUUGAGAUUGCCACCAAACCUGUCGCUGAGAGCGCCAGUCCGUUGCCAGAGGAGGACGACAUGUCUGUGCACACUGUGCUCGCUCGGUUUAAGCAGAGGAACGCUGUUCUGCGCCAUAUACUCGACUACCCGACCGCUGCUACAACCGGCCAAGACCCACCGCCAUCAUAG